CAAUAUCCUACAAACAGAUCAGAAAGUUCAACAAGUAUGAAGUCAUUCACUAUCUUUGCCUCAAUUAUUGCGGCAGUUGCUGCUGAGUGGACAUGUCCACAAGACCACAACACCAAUUACACGGUGUACGGAAAACAGUGGAACAUUCAAUGUGACAACAGCAUCCAGGGCACAGACAUCCGCCGCUUCUACAACGGCGAGCAGGACACUCUUCUGUCUUGUGCAUAUGCUUGCGCCGAAGAUCCAACCUGUUUGGGUACCAGCUACGUCUCGAUGACUUACACUUGCAUCCUCAAGUCGUCGAUCGAUGCCAUCAACCUCCGGCCAGGUAUCUGGUCGGCAUACCCAAUUGAGGACGAGAACUGUGCGUAGUAUCAUUUUUGGACGAAUACCGCGGGAGAGACUGAACCGCAGGUUGCGACACCAGAGUGUUGUCUGACUGGUUGAACACUGGCUGACACCACGUGCAGAAACAACGACUCAAGGUGAUCGGAAGGCCAGUAGGGUGUCGCCAAGAAGGACCUGAGAGAGAGAUCGCGGCGUUAUAUUCUUACAGUUGCCACGUGCCAGCCAACUCAUCAGGACCCGGGAAUGGAUACAGCUUCUCAGUGCAGUUUCACAAUCUCAAUAAGCAGGCAAAUAUAUCUUUGAAUGAUCUUACCGUAUGAAAAGAUGCAUUCAUAGGUAGUGCGCUUGAACCUGUCUUGAGGCUGUAAUGCUCCACGUAGAUCUGAAGUUGAGGCGUGCAUUGGCUUCCAAACGGACUUGGCAGGGAAACUCUUGAUGUAUUGAAUUCGUG